AUGAAUGAGGACUCAAACAGGUUUGAUAACAGUGUGGAAUCGGUGGUGUUCCCGGACUGGGCCUACAAGCCGGCCUGGUCGCCUGGGUCCCGGCAGGUGCAGCUGUGGCACUUCCUGCUGGAGCUGCUGGGGCACGGGCAGAGCGGGGCCAUCGGCUGGGGGGGCGAGUGGGGCGAAUUCGUCAUCCGGGACCCGGAGAGGCUGGCCCGGCUGUGGGGCGAGCGGAAGGGGAAGCCCCACAUGAACUACGACAAGCUGAGCCGAGCGCUGAGGUAUUACUACAACAAGAGGAUCCUCCAUAAGACCAAGGGCAAGAGGUUUACUUACAAGUUCAACUUCAGCAAGCUGAUUCUGGUGAACUACCCGGCCUUUCCCCCCUGUCACGUGGCCCCCCAGCUCGUCCCAUCUGAGGUAGGGGGGCACCUGUGUGGAGCAGGGAGAGAAUCAGCGUUGAACAGAGGGCGGAGUUUGAGCGGCUACCACACCUCUCCUCGUUUGGCCGCGGAAGAAGGGGAGGCAAAGAAAAGAGACGGGAAGUGA